AAGCUAGUCAAGAUGCCUCCGCCGAACCAACCGCCACAGCAGCAGCUGCUCGCGCCGACGCACGCGGGCGCCUUCCGGCCGCAGCGGACACCACCGGCGCCACCUCCCCCGCCACUGCCAGUCCACAUCAAGGAGUCCCACACGACAACAACAACAACAACAACAACAACAACAACAACAACAACAGCAGCAGCAGCAACAGCAGCAUCCAAUCCUCGACAAGGCAGCAGCAACAGCAAUAGCAACAACAACUGGCCGGACCCGCCGACGAUCCCGCCGCCGCCCGACUGGAUCCGGGCGCAGGCGCGGCUGGGCAACCCCAUGUGGACGUCGCGCGUCGAGAUGAGCACCGACGGCGGGAGCAGCCGGCACGGGGGAGGGGGAGGAGGAGUGGGAGGGGGCGGAGGCGGAGGCGGGGGCGCGGGCGCGGCCUGGUGGCGGCGCCUCAAGAGGUGGAGCGUGUCCAAGACGCGGUCGACGGGCCGCCGGCUGUCGGGGCGCUGGAGCUCGCCGCCGGCUACGGCGGGUGGUGGCGGCGGUUCAUUCCGGAAAUCUGCGGGCUAG